CAGCUUUUUGAGGUCUGGGGAAAGGCGCAGCCCAGCAGGGACCCAUCGCUCCUGGGAGGAUGGUGCGGAUCUUGGCCAAUGGGGAAAUUGUGCAGGAUGACGACCCCCGCGUGAGGAACAGUCUCCCCUCGCGCGGUAGCACCCCCCGACAGAGCUUUCUCAAUAGGGGCCAUGGCGCCCCCCUGGGGGGCUCGGGCCCUCGCCAGCAGCAGGCGGGGGCUAGGCUGGGUGCUGCUCCAUCCCCCUUCAAUGACCUCAACCGGCAGCUGGUGAACAUGGGCUUCCCCCAGUGGCAUCUGGGCAACCAUGCUGUGGAGCCAGUGACCUCCAUCUUGCUCCUCUUCCUGCUCAUGAUGCUCGGCGUGCGUGGACUCCUGCUGGUGGGCCUCGUUUACCUGGUGUCCCACCUGAGUCAGCGGUGACCUCUGGGAGCGCGCGGGGCAGGCAUGCGGGAGAGGGAGUUUUGGGGUCUUGGGAAGGGGUCUGGUGGUGCCUUGAAGGUGUGCUCAUAGAAGGCAUUCCAUGGUGCGUGAAGCACGAGGCAGAGGAAGCCUCUUGUCCUGCAUUCCCAAAGUAUUGGGUGGAUACCCACAUUCCCUUGAGAUGUUUUUAGGUAGUAUUGGGCCUGCAUUAAGCACAGAGUCAGAGCAAGAAAGGGAUUCCCUUUCCAAUUCUUUUCCAAUCCUUUUAUGCCAAGAAGAAAGUCUCAGCUUGGUGCCAGUAUGUUCUCAUGCCUCCGGAACUCAUGCCUGACUUCCCCUGUUACUAGGGAGAAGGCCUUGGGCUUAAAGCCAUCGGGAAAAGUUCCAGACUUUUAUAGCUCUGUUUUGUUUUAAUGGUAUAUUUUAAUUGGCUACCUGUUAUUUAUGACAAGUCGUACAGGCAUCUAAUUGUGGUGGCCUUUUCAAUAAAUAAAUUUAACUAAAAAUGAAUCCA